AUCCAUUUAAUCUUUUUCCACCAGUACCAUCACCUUAUGGAGGUUUAUUCAACAGAAGAUCAUCUCCUUUUGGUCUCCAAGAUGAGCUGCAGAAAGUGAGUGCUCAAGAAAUAAUGGAUGUCAAAGCUCUUGCUGCCUCAAAAAGCCACAGUGAAGCUGAAAGGAGACGUAGAGAAAGAAUUAAUAAUCAUCUUGCUAAACUCCGAAGCCUUCUUCCCAGCACUACAAAAACGGAUAAAGCAUCAUUGCUAGCUGAGGUAAUACAACAUGUGAAGGAGCUCAAGAGACAAACAUCACAAAUAACUGAUACAAAUCCAGUCCCAACUGAGAUGGACGAACUAACAGUUGAUAAUUAUUCGUCUGACGAAGAAGGAAACUUUGUGAUCAAGGCUUCAUUGUGCUGUGAAGAUAGGUCUGAUCUUUUGCCUGACCUUAUCAAGACUUUGAAAUCUUUAAGGCUAAGAACAUUAAAGGCUGAAAUAACAACACUUGGUGGACGUGUUAAAAAUGUGUUGUUCGUAACGCAUGGAGAUCAAGAAGACUCGGACAGUAUUAAUGAUGAUCAACUGCAAUAUUCUAUAAGCUCAAUACAAGAAGCACUAAAAACAGUGAUAGAGAAAUCUAGUGGGACUUAGGGAGUGUUAAGAGACAAAUUAAAGGUCUACUAACAUAAGUAUUCUUGAACACAGAUCUCUCUAGGGAUCGAUAUCCUUCUUAGGGAAUGGAAUUGUAGUACAAUAGUAAAUAUUUUUUUUAUCAGAGGUCUAGGGUUCGAGCCUUAAAUAUAUAUAUGG